GUCAAGUAAUAAUUUAUGUGGUGGUGGUUACACUGCAACUGCAGUGUGUUUCAGAAAGACACAAACUGUGAGCUUCAGAAAGACACAAACUGUGAGCUUUAGCUUCCUUCCAUGUCUUCCUUCAUCGCCAACCUCUCUUCUGUCCCUCCCCUCUCACUCUCCAUCGUAUCUUCUUCCUCCAAAGAUGAGAAAACGAAGUCAGUGAAGCUGAGGGAGGACUGGAGGCAACGCUCCAAGCCCAUUCCUCCCGGUGGCACCUACCCAGCUAAAGACCACUGCAGUCAUUGUGGGUUGUGUGAUACGUAUUACAUUGCCCAUGUGAAGAAUGCUUGUGCUUUCUUAGGUGAUGGAAUGUCUAGAAUUGAGAGUUUGGAACCCGUUGUUCAUGGGAGAGGGAGGAACGUGAAUUCCUUGGAUGAUGUAUACUUUGGAGUCCAUGAUAAGCUGCUGUAUGCUCGGAAAAUUAAGCCUGUAGAAGGAGCUCAGUGGACAGGGAUAGUAACGACGAUAGCUAUGGAAAUGCUGAAAUCAGGCAUGGUAGAAGCUGUUAUUUGUGUACAAAGUGAUCCAGAUGACAGGUUCACCCCAAGGCCUGUCUUAGCAAGGACACCAGAAGAAGUUCUUGCUGCUAAAGGUGUUAAGCCAACAUUGUCUCCUAAUCUGAAUACGCUUGCCUUAGUCGAGGCUGCUGCUGUUAAGCGUCUUCUUUUCUGCGGUGUGGGUUGCCAAGUGCAAGCAUUAAGAUCCGUGGAGCAACACUUAAAUUUGGAAAAGCUGUAUGUGUUGGGAACUAAUUGUGUGGAUAAUGGCACUCGAGAAGGGCUGGAUAAGUUUCUGAAGGCUGCAAGCAGUGAACCAGAAACAGUUUUGCAUUACGAAUUUAUGCAGGAUUACAAGGUGCAUCUGAAGCAUUUGGAUGGUCAUAUCGAAGAGGUUCCUUAUUUCUGCCUACCCGCAAAUGACUUGGUUGAUGUCAUUGCCCCAUCUUGCUAUAGCUGUUUUGACUACACAAAUGCUUUAGCAGAUCUGGUAGUUGGUUAUAUGGGCGUGCCAAAGUAUUCUGGAAUCAGCAUGCCACAACAUCCCCAGUAUGUUACAGUAAGAAACAAACGUGGAAGAGAAAUGCUCAGUCUGGUUGAGAAGUAUUUGGAGAUUACACCAACAAUUACUAGUGGUCAGCGCCAGCCUUUUGUCAUGGAGACUGUCAAGGCAGAUGAUAAUGCUAAACUGGGUAAAGGACCAUCUCAGCCUGCUCCUAAGUUUGUUGGGAACUUGUUAGCUUUUCUUCUAAACUUGAUUGGCCCAAAGGGUCUAGAAUUUGCUCGGUAUUCGCUUGAUUACCACACCAUCCGAAAUCAUUUGCAUGUAAAUCGCAUUUGGGGCAAAGAGAGAGCGGAUAAACACAUUCCUUCAUAUGCUAGGAAGAUAGUAGAUACGUACAACCAGAAUGGUGAAAUCAAUCAAAUGCUUUCCAAUAAGUAACAUUGAUAGUUCUUAAUGUUUGUAUACGCUUCUUUUGUUUUUUCUCUCUCCUGUUUUGGUCUUUUUAUCUGACUCUCAUGAUUACUUGAUGUGAAUUGAAUAUAGAUAUUUUUAUUAAUGGUUUCCCA